AUGGGCCAAGCACAUGCAGACACGCAGGCCAGCAGGCAGGCCGACACGCGGGCGCACAGACAGGCAGGAAUCUCCACAGUCCUACUCAGGCUCGUCGAGGCCUGUCGGACUUCGUCAGUAUUUGGCCACUGCGUCGCUUGCCCUCUCUUAGCGCGAAGUGGCCAGGACGAGACAGCUCUAGCAGAUCGAUUAAUCCGUCGUUUGUUUCCAGAUCUUCAAGCUAGACCCUGCUUUCCCAGUCUUGCCGGCUGA